AUGAGUAUGGACGCUGGCGGUCUUGCUCAAAUGACUUUCAACUCUUCCUUCAAUAAUGGCGGUUCCCUCGGGGUCCCGGGUUCUGGUUUUGCCUCGCGCGGCAAAGGCUCUCAUAUCAAGCGUUUGAGUGUGCCACCCCAGAUUGCUACCAUCGAUGAGUCCCAGACUUCUACCUCAAUUUCUACCCCCCGCACCAGUCGCUCUCAUCUCUUGGCUGGGCUGCGCACUGCUCCCAAGUCUGCCACAAUUCCCUCCCAGCAACAACGGAAUGGAAUGGAGGGUGGACGAUUCCCUGGUUUCCCCAGCCGAGGAGCUGAUCGAGUUCCACAAACUGCGACGGGGACUGGAUUCCCGCAGCAGACGUACGCUACGAAUCAGAGCAUGAACUCGCAUCAAUCUUAUCAGUCGCAUCAGUCACACCAGUCACGUCAAUCUUACCAAGCGCAUCAAGCGCAGCAGAGCCGCAUGAUGUACACUCUGCCAGAGCAGGUACUUGCACCCCCAAUGCUUGAUAUUGAAGGUGGCGACAUCCCCAUCGAUGAGAACAUGUACGCGGAAAUCAUGUCAACCAAUUUGUUCCUUGCUGCUCAGCAACAGCGCCUACAACAGCAGUUGAUCAGUGUCACUGCUGCGGCUCAGCAAUUCCAAGGUCUCAACUUGGGCAUGUCUCUUCCUCAGCAGCAGCAGGUUCCCUCCCUUCCCGGCAUGGGCUUCUAUCAGCAGCAGCUCCAGCAAGGCGUUCAGCCGAUUGUGCAGCCGGUUCCUGGUCAGCCUGGAUUGUUCUGCGUUUACAACCCUUUGACUGGCCAGCAAAGCUACAUUAUGGACAGCAGCUCCCCGGAAGAUGGUUCGCCGCAGUCAUAUCAAGAUACCCGAUCCCAUGUUGGUCAGCAAGUGCCGCAAUUCCGUGCAGAGAUCUCUCCUCCCGCGGAAUCUGCGCACUCGGUAAUGCAGUUCCCGCAAACCCUGUCUCCUCCUUCUGGCAGCCCCUCCCCGCCGCACGAGGUAUCUAUGAGCGCUCUUCGCCGCGGCCACCGGAAGAAUCCUUCGUUUAACCCGGUCAUCAAGACUAACAUCGAUACCUCCAAGGCCAACGUGGGACCUGGCCCUCGGUCUGCUGCUCUACCGCCGACACCGGCUACUGGAACCUUUGGACCCGGUCAAGGUCGUGCUGGGGAGCACCCGAUCCGUCAGCCCCGUGGACCCCCUUCGCUCGAGGAUCUUGUAGCCAAACCCACUUCCCAGCACGAGGGUAGCAAGAACUUCGCGACUCGCCAGCGCCGCCGUGCUGUUCACAACCUUGUUCGUGCGGGUAUUGAGCGUCGUGGUGACACACGCAGUCUUGGAUACCAUAGCAGCGGUGGCACAAAUACCCCGGCAAGCGAGAAGGAGUUCACUUUCUCUGAUAACGAUGAUGCAACCGUGCGAAGCGGCAGUCUCUCCAGCAAGCCCAGUCUAGGCAGCCUGCGAGCAGUGGCCAAUGGUGCUAUUGGAUCUGAGAGGAAGGAGAAGUCUGGCCGGGACCGUGGCUCCCCGGACAGUCCUUUUCACAGUGCCACCCCAACCAGCGAGGAUGGUGGCUAUUUCGGGUCGAAGUUUGUGGAUGUUCGUGGGGAAUAUGCCCCCUCGCCUAGUGCCAGUGGCACCUCCUCGCCCUCGGCGGCGGCUGUUGUUGCUGGCCAGGGGCCGGUGGCUCAGGCACCAGAACGGCGCAAGACGCCGAUGCUGGUGCUGUCCAGCGCUGAAAAGCGCAAGACCCCUUUCAUGUAA